AUGGCAGGCAGGCAGCUUAUAGUCCUUGUUUCAUCCCUCCUCCUCGCCUCACUCGCCUUCUUCCCUUCCACAACCGCGAUUGAAUAUCAGAAAAAGAUCGAAGUGGUUGUGGAAGGCAUGGUGUACUGCCAGAGCUGUGACCACUACGGAACAUGGUCCAUGACCGGGGCUAAACCAAUCCCUUCGGCUAAAGUCAGUGUCAUUUGCAAGAACCACAAUAAGCAAGUCAGCUUCUACAAGGCUUUCCAAACAAAUGCUGAUGGCUACUUCUAUGCACCCCUUGAUGGCUUCAAAAUGAACCACAUUAUGGACCAUCCCCUACAGGCUUGCCAUGUCAAACCGGUGUCCUCACCUCUCCAAGACUGCAGGUUCCUCAGCAACAUCAACCACGGCCUUGAUGGAGCUCCGCUUCGUUAUGAAGACAAGAGAGUGAUGGGAAACAAUUAUGAAGCUGUGGUGUAUUCUGCAGGGCCUUUGGCUUUUCGCCCUGCCAAUUGCGCUCCAAAAACUCACUUCUAAUCUGUCACACCAGUCGUCUUUUGCCUCAAAUUAACUUGA